AUGACGAUACGCCCCUUCGUGCUGGAUGAACAGGGCGAACGAGACGUACUGUGCGAGGCACUGCGGACCGUGCGUGAUCAGGGAUUGCAAAUGCAACGAGCGUUUAAAGCGCAGGAACAGGCCGCUGGGAUCAACUUCGCGGCCGAAGUGCUGCGCGAACUGCGCACGAGUCUUUUGUGUCCUAGAAACUACUACCAACUCUAUAUGCAGGCAGUCGAGCAGCUACGGCACUUUGAAAGCUAUGUAGAGGAACAAGAGCAAGCUGGUGCCUCCAUGUGCGAUCUCUACGAGCGCGUCCAGAGCAGUAGUAAGGUGCUACCGAGACUCUACUUGCUCGUGACAGUUGGAGCUGUUUACAUCAAGUCUCGGGAGACGCCAGCGCGUGAAGUAUUGACGGAUUUAGUGGAGAUGAUCAAAGGAGUUCAGCAUCCGCUGCGAGGGCUUUUUUUGAGGCACUAUCUGUCGCUGAGUAUACGCGACAAACUUCCGGACAAGGGCUCUGUGUACGAGCAAUGUGGUGGUGGCAGCUUUGGCGACGCUAUUCAGUUUUUGCUGCAGAACCUGCAAGAAACUAACCAGCUCUGGAUUCGUCUGCAGCAGCAGAAGGCUGGAGGUUCUCGACCACAAGCCGUUUGGGAGAAGGAGGUAAUGGAGCUGCGCUUGCUGGUUGGGACGAGCCUUGUACGGCUCAGUCAGUUGAAUGGUGUCACACGUAGCGUCUACACUGACCAGGUAUUGCCUAGGCUGCUGGAUGAUGUUGUUCUUGCAUGCAACGACUCUCUUGCGCAGCAGUACUUGAUGGACUGCAUCAUUCAGGUUUUCCCAGAUGAGUUUCACUUCGAUAAUCUUGAGAGGCUGUUGGGUGCACUGGAGAAACUGCAGUCGAAUGUCAACGUUGCAUUGAUCUUGACGGCACUUGUUGAACGCCUUACAAGCUGCCAAGAAGCACAAGGGAGUGUUACGGGUGUGGGACAGCAAGAGGGAGGAGUGGACGAGUGUAGCAAGAUCGAAUAUGAUCGGCAAGACGGAUUUGAGGUUUUCCAGCGGCUAAUGACGACGACUAUCAAAGUGUUGUUGCGCUCAUUAAAUUGUGAAGAUAGGAAUGAAGUUGCUCUCAGUGAAGGAGACGGUGAAGACGUGAACAUAAACUUGACCUCUGUACUGUCACUUUUCGUGGCGCUGGUUAAUUUUGCUAUCGCCUGGCUGGAUGGCGUCACGGAUGAAAGUUCCCGUUUGACGACUGCUCUUGAGCAGGUUCUUUAUAAAUGCUUGACAUUUUUGCAUGAGCAAAAACCGUGGUGCGUAGACGAGCAAAGACGCCAUGCCGUGCUUCUAGCGGUAAAAUCUCUUUUGCUCGCGCUUUUUCGGACACUAUCUAUCCACAACCUCUUGCAAGUUCCGUCACUGCUUGACGUGCUCGGACUAAUGCCGUGGGGUGGUGAGCGAAAAGACGUGGCUCUAAUAUGGAUUCGCGUGCUUCUUGCUAGGCAAGAGCGCAUCAUUGAUGAAAAGCAAAUCACAUUUGUGCUGACGGUGCUGGCACCAGUGGUGCAUGAUGACCCUAACGAAGUGCGGUCACUGCCUUUGACUGGGUCAACUACGACCACGGGAACACAAAAGGACGCCGACGUGCUGGAAAUGGAGCAGCAUACGCUGGCCAAGGUAGUCCACCUCGUAGAAAAUGGUGAUCCCGAUGUCAGGUUUCGUGUGUUUAAGGUAGCACGACGUGCGCUUGUGCUAGGCGGGGUUUAUCGAAUUCGUUAUACGCUGUUGCCGCUCAUCUAUCAGUCACUGGCACUCGCUCGAGAGCUAGCGAUUCAUUGGCAAGAGAGAUCACAAACGCUGGAGCUGAAACGGAAGGCUGAGUUAGAGGCCACUGUAUCCGAGAAGGGUACGAAGAAUGUUGUCACAACGCCUCGAGAAGUGCUUCAGUUCGUGCAUGAGAUGGUGACGGUAUUGGUAUCACAAAACAUGCCAUCUGUUUCCUGCGUUCAGCUGUACCUGCAGUGUGCACUGGUCGCCGAUGGCUGUGCCUUUGAGACAGUGGCGUGCGAGUUUAUUACGCAGGCAUUGACCGUUUAUGAAGACCACAUUACGCUUGCCCGUGAGCAGCUACGCGCUUUCGAGUUAAUUGUGGCUUCACUACGUGCAACCUGCAACCUCUCGAGUGCCAACUAUGAGGCUCUUGCCACCAAGGUCACGCAAUACUCUGCGCACUUGCCGAGGAAAAACGAGCAGGCUUCGAUGGUGCUGAAGUGCGCACACCUUUUCUGGCAUCCGUGUCAAAAAGAUGGCAAGCGCGUCCGAGAGUGUUUGCAGCGAUCACUGAGAAUUGCAGAUUCGUUGAAGGAUGUACCAUCAAAGCAGAUUCCUCUUUUCCUGGACAUACUAGAAGCUUAUUUGAGCUUUUUUGAGAUGCAGACGCCCGAGGUGACACUCAAGUACUUAGUGGGUCUAUCGGCUCUCAUCAAGGACCAUCUGGAUACUAUGGAGCAUGGACUGAUGCGCAAGGAAGGCGAAGUGCGGUAUCGUGCCAUUGAGAGCUACAUGGAAGCCAUGAUGGAUACGUGCGAUGACGUACCGUCGUCACCAUCAUCACAAUACGAAGCCAAGUAA